CUCCCCCCGAUCUGAAUGUCAGAGCUAUUGUCGGUGUUCGCGCACUAUUGGUGAUAGUGUUGGCUACAUUUAGAGACAAUUCAGGGCCUCGGUACCUUCAAGCUGCUGACAUGGCGACAGAAGAAGGGAGAAACGUGGUCAUAGCCAUAGAUGACAGCGAGUUCUCGGAAUAUGCAUUCGACUUCUAUGUGCAGCAAGUGCAUCGUCCCGGCGACAACAUCACACUAGUCCACUGCUCGGAGUACGCAUCUCUCAUCCAUGCACCAGCCUUGCUGACAGAUCCCGUAGUUGUGGCAGAACUCAUCAAAGAGGAAGAGGUCAAGGUCAAACACCUGGUUGACAAAUACAGUGAAAAGAUGAAAAAAAUCCAUGUGGGCGGCAAGGUGAAGCAGAUGACAGGCAAGGUUGGGGAGGCGAUCAUCGAGGCUGCCAAGGGAGAGAAUGCUGCAAUGAUUGUUGUCGGAACUCGGGGCAUGGGCAAGAUGAGGAGGACAUUUCUGGGCAGCGUCAGUGACUAUUGUCUACAUCACUCCCCAGUCCCGGUGCUUGUGUGCCGACAUAAACCAGUGAAUGAACACAAGAAAUAGGUCAACAAUACCUUACAUGGACAAGUAUACAAGUUCUUGUGUUUCCCAACUGAAUGCAGAAUAACUAUAUGAGGAGAUUCAAUCCAAAAACUGGUCACAGACACUACUUAGGACCGGGUGAUAUUUGAAGCAAGAAAUAGGCACUUGACCGUACCCAUUAGUUGUGUGAUAUAAAUAGGUGAUGUAUAAAAUGAGUUCUAUGUUGAAUCAGCAAUAUUUCAGCCAUAUCUCGACAAGACAAAGUCUGCUUUCAUACACAUUUUAAGUACAAUGUUUAAAUCAUUCUUUUUCAAAACAUAUUUAUUCAUUACAUUAUUAUCUACAAACAGAAAAAGUUGUAGCACCAAAUUUAAAAGCAAACAGUCUGUCCUCACAUUACAUCAUUCAUGAUACAGACCAAUCUCUUUAUCCGUGAGACGGUGGGGUAGCCUAGUGGUUAAUGUGUUCACUCAUCACACUUAAGACCUGGGUUCAAUUCGCCACAUGUGAACAAUGUGUGAAGCCCAUUCCUGGUGUCCCUGCCGUUAUAUUACUGGAAUAUUGCUAAAUGCAAAGUGAAACUAAACUUUAUCACUCACUCACUCCUCCUUUCUGAGAAGACAUUAACACCUACAGAUGGUCUUUGAUCUGUGUGAUGUAGACACAUGUUUGUCAUACCUACAGAUGGUCUGUGGUCUGUGUGAUGUAGACACAUGUUUGUCACACCUACAUAUGGUCUAUGUGAUGUAGACACAUGUUUGUCACACCUACAGAUGGUCUGUGAUCUGUGUGAUGUAGACACGUUUGUCACACCUACAGAUGGUCUGUGAUCUGUUAGAUGUAGACUUUCAUUUGUAUCGCGGAGUCCCUUUUACAGACCAGAAUCCUAUGAGUGCAGGUUUGAGCCCAAGAUUAGCACAUUGUCAGCUCCAUGCUGUGGUUUAAGACGUACCUUACUUACCAAAUGGUUUCAUUUAUUUAUAA